UUUGGAUUUAUUAGGUAAGAAAUAAAAGUCUUGGUAUGUACGGCCAUGCUUUGCGCCAGUUCCAUGUCCCGUAAUGCGGGGUUCCAUGCAGGUACCCCACAUCGAUGUCAGACCUCGCCGACCGGAAUCUUUACAUAGUAAAAUUUCCACAAAAGACAAAAGAAAGUCAGUCGUACAAGCUGCAGAGGCCAACAUAUAAGGCACUGUUUACGAGAAGCCAAAUACUGUACGAAAGGACCACUACACGUCGAUUGCGGUAUUUUGGACUAAGAUAUUACUAUUACUACAUGCCUUUAUAUUUUAUUAGCGCUGUCCUUACUACCUACAGUGUAGCCAUCUGUAGCUCCAUAUCGACUGGACUCCCUUCGUGCCGAUCCGGCCUCUACUAGGCCAAUUACUCUAUAGGUAUCAUAUUUUCGACUUGCCCUCGGUGUUGGGCCAUAGUCUAACUUAGAUAUACUUCCGUAUUCUAGAUUGUAUUCUAGAUUUAAAAAUACCUCGCCGUUUACAACAAACCGUGCUGAGCGAAACUAUUCGAUAUGGAGAAAAUCACGGACAAGAUAGCCGCUUUGCCGGCCGAUUCGAAUUACUUCUCGCUCGAGUUUUUUCCUCCGAAGACCUCUAUGGGAUUCUCUAACCUACGCGACCGUCUUGAUCGAAUGGCGCGAGCGCUGCGACCUCUCUUUGUAAAUGUAACAUGGGGUGCUGGAGGAUCCACCGCUACGAAGUCGCUCGAGCUGGCCGAGAUAUGUCAGAGGGAGUUGAACUUAACUACAUGUCUACAUUUGACAUGUACAAACAUGAGCCGGAAAUUGAUCGAUAGGGCAUUAGAAGAUGCGAAGGCAUUGGGUAUUAGGAACAUCCUAGCCCUGAGGGGCGACCCUCCAAGAGCCGCGGAAUAUCAAGAUCCGAACGAGAGUCCCGAGGAUGCUAUAGACGAGACUUUUGAAUGGGCUAUUGAUUUGGUGCGGUAUAUAAGGAAGACUCAUGGCGAUUAUUUCUGUAUCGGCGUCGCCGCAUACCCCGAAGGCCAUGCCGAUGAGAGCCAUCCUAUGGGUCAGAAUUUGGAACAUGACCUUCCCUACCUGGUCGAAAAAACCCUCGCGGGAGCCAAUUUCCUUAUGACGCAAUUAUUCUUCGACACGGAAGCUUAUGAUAAUUUUGAGCAGACCCUGAGGAAUCACCCCAGCGGCGCGUUCAAGACGAUUCCCAUCAUUCCCGGGCUGAUGCCCAUUCAGAGCUACCAGAUGAUCAAGCGAACAACGAAGCUCAGCCAUGCUCAGAUACCGGACACGAUAAUGUCCCGUCUAGAUGCUGUGAAGAUGGACGAUGAGAAAGUGAAGAGCGUUGGUGUAGAUAUCUUAUGCGAGAUCGUCGAAAAGGUUAAGGAGAUCAAGAAAAGAACUCCUGGACCUAGAGGAUUCCAUUUCUACACCUUGAAUCUCGAAAAGGCCGUAUCUUUCAUCAUCGAGAGAACGGAUCUCAUACCACUCAGCACUCCUAUCGAAGAAGAGGAAGAAGAGGCAAUCAAAGAUAUCACGUCCAAGAUCCCGGCACUCCAAGUUAACGGAUCUCUGGACCACGAAAUACUCCCUCAGACACGAGAGAAUCCCCGAAGUCGCAGGCAAUCGAACGUUAGUUCGGAAACUCGCAACCGGGUCAUCAUCUCCGGACGACCGGUCUCGCACCCCGAAUACGAAGCUACCUCGGCCGAAGCCAGUAUACCGGCAGAUCCCAUCAACAGCCGAGCUAACACCUUGGCGAUUUCCGAAGGCGAGGGCGUCCUCGGCCGAGAAGCGACUUGGGACGACUUCCCCAACGGCCGAUGGGGUGAUGCCCGAUCCCCCGCCUACGGCGAGAUAGACGGGUACGGGCCUAGUCUACACGUCUCCCACGCGCAAGCUGUCAGUCUCUGGGGACACCCGACCAAGCGGGAAGAUAUCAACGAUAUAAUGGUCCGGCAUCUGAAAAAGGAGCUCUCGGCCAUCCCGUGGAGCGAAGAGGAGUUCUACGAGGAGACCGGGAUGAUUACCGAGCAGCUCAUCCAGCUGAACAAGAAGGGCUGGUGGACCGUCGCUUCGCAACCCGCCGUCAACGGCCUGCGCUCGUCCGAUCCCGUCUUCGGCUGGGGUCCGCAGCACGGUUUCGUGUUCCAGAAAGCCUUCGUAGAAUUCUUCAUCCCGUCCGCCGACUGGAAAGUCCUUCUCGAGAAACUCCAGAGCUCCGAGGUUCAAGAUACGAUAUGCUUCUACGCGGCCAACGCCGCGGGGGACUUCGUCUCGUCCGACUUGACAGGAGGUCUGGCGGGCGAAGUCAAGGAAUCGAGUACGAACGCGGUGACGUGGGGCGUGUUCCCGGGCAAGGAGAUCGUCACGCCGACUAUUAUAGAGGAAGUCAGCUUCAGGGCGUGGAGCGAGGAGGCGUUUGGCAUAUUUGGCGAGUGGGCGCAGAUCUACGGAAAAGGGUCGGAAACCGAAAAGUUGCUCGAGAAGGCCAAGGCAGACUCGUGGCUGGUCAAUAUCAUUCACCAUGAUUUCGUGGACAAGGACGCGUUAUGGAGGUUACUUCUCGACUAGUUAAGUUAAAUAGAAGAAAGCAUGCGAGAUAGUAUUCAUAAGAGCAGAACAAUUGGUGUGCCUGCCUAGAUAGGUAGAUGAAACCGUUAGUGUCUAUCUAAUUCAUUCGCAGACCAGUUUUUUUGAAAUUCAUCGCAAAGCGAGAAAAAAACAACUUCUCGUGUUAUAUGAGGACCAGCUUGUAAA